AUGUCUAAUCUUACAGUAGCGGAGACGAAAGGUAAGCGCAAGGUUAUUAAAGCAGCAGUCACACGAUUGAAAGGGUUUAUCGAUUCGAUAGAAAUUGCACAAAUUUCACGGUUUGAACUAAUGGAGAGAUCAAAAAAGUUAAGUAUAUUGUGGGAUCAGUAUGAUGAAGUGCAAACGCGAAUUGAAAUGCUGAGUGUUGAUGACACUAGCGAUGAGAAUCAACAUCAAAUUGACAUUCAGCAUUCCGAUAAUAGAGGUAGUUUUGAGGGCGCUUACUUUUCGCUGAUGGCAAAACUCGAAACGGCAAUUAGUGAAGUCAACAUUCGCGAAGCUCAAACCGACCUCGGUUCUCGGAAUUCCAAUACGCAGUUGAAUAACGAUACCUCUGUUUCACAGAUUUGUUUACCUAAAAUUGAAUUACCAAGUUUUUCGGGCAUAAAUGAAGAUUGGUAUUCUUUCUAUGAUACUUUCGAAAAAUUGAUUCAUUCAAAUUGUAAGCUAGCAGCUGUCCAGAAAUUCCAUUACUUACGUUCGUCGUUGAAGGGUGAAGCAUUGGACAUCAUAAAGUCAAUCGACAUAACUACAGAGAACUAUGUUGAGGAUCACGUGAGGCAACUGGUGGAAUUACCGCAUAUCACAAGAGAAAAUCACGUACAGUUGCGUACCUUACUUAGCAACGCACUCAAACAUUUGCGCGCUCUUAAAGCGUUAGAAAGACCAGUAGAUACAUGGGAUGAUUUGAUAAUACAUCUCAUUUCGUCCAAGCUUGAUCCAGUUACAAAACGAGAAUGGGAGACAAGUCGCACGGAUAACUCGAUACCUACGUUCAAACAACUCAAGGAUUUUUUGUUACAACGAUGUUCGGCUUUGGAGGCAAUCGCAAGCAAGACCACGGGCGCAGUUUCAUCUAUUGAUACAAAUACAUUAAAUCAAAAACCAAAACGAGCAGUCAGUUACGCAGCCAGCACAAAUGUGAUUUGCGAAUGUUGCAAGGAAUGUCACUUCUUGUAUCAAUGUAACUCAUUUAAAGAACUUCCUGUCGACAAACGAUUCAAGAUAGUAAAAAAUGCACGCCUGUGCAUUAAUUGUUUAAAAACAAGCAAUCAUCAAGUUAAGAAUUGCACUUCCGGUUUCUGUCGCAAAUGCAGUAAGGCGCAUAACACACUCUUACAUUUCGAGAAUGCAGGCAAUCAAGACGAAACGGAUCUCGUAUCAAACGCUGAAAUUUCACAAGCACCAGUGGUUACACAAUGUUCUCAACAAGGCUCAGCAAGGAAGCUGAAUUUCAUCACCGAAACGUUGGCAAACAAAUUACGACUGAAACAGCAACAUUUAAAUAUCGCCAUUUCUGGAGUAGCACAGGGAGGCAUCAACGCAAGAAGAUCUGUUAACGUUCUGAUACAAUCCAAACAAAAUAGUUAUCGCGAACGAAUGGAAUGUGUAAUCCUGCAGAAAAUCACACAAAAUUUACCUCAAGAAUUUGUGGACAGAUCACAACUGAAAAUUCCAUCUAACAUUUCAUUAGCAGAUCCUCAUUUUAAUAUUCCGGAUAACAUUGAUCUUUUGAUCGGCGCUGAAGUGUUCUGGCAAUUGCUCUGCAUUGGUCAGAUCAAAUCAUGCCGGACACAUCCUACCAUUCAGAAGACCAAACUCGGUUGGAUCAUUUCUGGUCAGAUAUUCAACAAUCAUCAAUCGAAUAAGAGCCACAUUUGUCAUUUGGCCACAAUGGAUGAUUUAAAUAACACCAUCUCCAAAUUCUGGCAAACUGAAAAUAACUAUUGCAAUGAGAUUUUUACGCUAUUACCCGAAGAACGUGAGUGCGAAACUCAGUUUUUACAAACUACUACGCGCAAUUCUGAUGGAAGGUAUAUAGUCAAACUUCCAAUCAAGGAAGAGUCAAUGAGCCAGUUAGGCAAUUCGAAGGAGAUCGCCAAACGGAGAUUUUACGCACUGGAAAGACGAUUGGCCAAACAAUCCGAUAUUUAUGUUGCUUAUCGUAAUUUUAUGAAUGAGUAUCAGUCUUUAAACCACAUGCAGGAGGUCAAGGAUAUUACUGAUGACGGUUUAUGUAAUUAUUUACCGCAUCAUACGGUAUUCAAGGAAACGAGUGCGACGACAAAAACACGUGUGGUUUUUGAUGCAUCAUGCAAAACUGACUCAGAAAAAUGUUUAAAUGAUAUGCUACUCGUCGGUCCAAUAAUUCAACAGGAUCUAUUUGCUAUUUUGGCAAGAUUUCGUACAUUUGCAGUAAUAAUCACAGCGGAUAUCACGAAGAUGUACCGGCAAGUACUAAUUCAUCCAACCCAGAGAUCGCUUCAACGCAUUUUCUGGCGAGAUAAUUCCCAAGAAGAUUUAAAGAUAUUUGAACUCAUGACUGUAACCUGGGACACAGCAGCAGCACCGUUUUUAGCCAUAAGAGCAUUACGAAAACUCGCCGAAGAUGAAGCCUCUGACUACCCACUUAGCUCGAAAAUCGUGUUGAGGGAUUUCUACGUAGAUGACAUGCUAACAGGAGCGAAAUCAAUAGAUGAAGCAAUGAUUAUAAAGCAGCAAACUCAUGAAUUACUCAAGCGAGGAGGAUUUGAAUUGACGAAAUGGUGCUCCAACGAAAUCAAGCUGCGAGACAAUUAA